UCAUGGGGCCUGAUCCUUUGUUACAUACUUGUGCAAUUCUGUUGAUGUUAACUGAGUUGUUACUAGUUUAUUUUAGCAUGAGAGCAAAAGGAAGGUCCUUCAGCCCAUUUCUGGCCAACAGGAGAAUAGUUUCUUCAGACAGAAAGGCAGGCAACAAAUUGAACUUCACUAGGUGACCCUCGAAAGGAUCAGCACUGUGUAAUCGUCCAUUCGUUAGUGGUGGUGGUGUGAAAGCGGUGGGCUUAGCCUGGUCCUGCAUGCACCUGGAGGCUGGUGAUCUCCUCGCUAAGGGACCAGAGCGCUUGGUGCUCGGGUGGAGGUGAAGAUGAAGACUCCGGGGUACUUUUGUCAAAGUUAUGUAGGUUAGGGAAGGGGCAGAACUGGAGCCUCAAGUGGCUCUUGCUGAGUCGUGUAAGCAAUUCUGAACCCGGGGUAAGGAGCCAGAUUUUGUGGUAAGGUGCCACGCCUUGCUAGAUCAUGCUACAGUGUGACAUCAGAAUUUACCAUUCUCUCUUACGCUGAGCUGUCUUUUGCCACCAUCUCCUUGUGGCAGCCUCUCCCUUUGAUUUUACCAGUGGUUUGGAGGGCAGGGAGUUGGACCAGAGCCUGACACUUAGGAGAAGCAAGAGUAAUUCUACGUCUGGAAGCGGGCGGCUGUUGCUGUGGAGAAUGCUGUGAUAUCACAGGGCCAGCACUGACUUCACUGCUGUUGGAAAGAGAUGUCCUGCUCUCUGGAGGACGCGGGGGAGAUGCUAAGUACUUCUGGUGUUCAGCUAGCACUUCCUAAGGAGCAAUACCUGGCGAAUAGAGAGCCAGGCAGAAGAGGAGUGACACUGCAGAAUCCUGAGGCGCUGCAGUGGAGAGGUGCUUUGCUAAGACUGUCCUGUGGCACUGAUCUCUACAGUAGUCAGCUUCCACAGUGAUAUAAAGCCCCAAUGUGCACAGUGUUGUUACAUCACAGCUAUUCUGGAUACUGUACUGGAGCACGGAACCAGACCAUAGGGGUUCAGGAUAAGCAAGCAACACCACAAAAAUCUCCUCAACUGAAUCCUCUCUGGGAAAGUUCCGUGCUCCAGCAGAAACUUUUUGUGAUUGCAGUCAUAACACGUGCUGGGAUAUCACUUUGGAUCAGGAGGCAGCUGGCCACAGGACAUGAACCGAGAAAAGGAAAUCUGUAUCACAGAAAAUACACAGGAUGAAUGCAUGUGAUGUAUCACCAAUCAGCAUGUCUCCCAUCAGUCAGUCACAGUUUAUUCCACUUGGGGAAAUCCUUUGCCUGGCCAUCUCAGCAAUGAACUCUGCCCGAAAACAAGUCACACAAGAAGCACUAAUGGAGCACCUAACAACCUGCUUCCCAGGAGUUCCAACACCCAGUCCAGAAAUCCUUCGACAUACCUUGAAUAUGCUUGUACGGGAGAGGAAAAUAUACCCAACUCCGGAUGGUUAUUUCAUUGUAACCCCGCAGACUUACUUUAUAACACCAUCUCUCAUAAGAACUAACAGUAAAUGGUACCAUUUGGACGAGAGGAUACCUGACAGGUCUCAAUGUACCUCUCCGCAACAAGGAACUAUAACUCCCUCCACCUCGGGAUGCGUCAGGGAUCGAACACUACCCAAAAACCACUGCGACUCCUGCCAUUGUUGCAGAGAGGACAUGCACAGCAUGCAUGCAUCUACCCUACAGAGGAAAUCAGCAAAAGACUGUAAAGACUCAUACUGUCCUCCUUCGUUAUGUCAGGUCCCACCUACUGAGAAAAGUAAAAGUACUGUCAAUUUUUCUUAUAAAGCAGAGACGCUCACAAAGCCCAAGGAUGUAGAAAAGCAGUCUAAGAAAUUUGGACUCAAAUUAUUCCGAUUAAGUUUUAAGAAGGACAAGACAAAACAGUUGGCGAAUUUCUCUGCCCAGUUUCCUCCAGAGGAGUGGCCGCUAAGGGACGAGGACACCCCUACCACUAUACCUAGAGAAGUAGAAAUGGAGAUUAUCAGGCGCAUUAACCCAGACUUGACUGUGGAAAAUGUCAUGAGGCACACUGCACUAAUGAAGAAACUUGAAGAAGAAAAGGCUCAACGAAGCAAAGCAGGAUCUUCAGCUCACCACAGUGGACGAAGUAAAAAAAGUAGGAAUCACAGAAAGUCUCAUGGGAAGUCGAGGUCACACAGCAAGACUCGGGUGUCCAAAGGAGAUCCAUCAGAUGGCUCUCAUUUGGAUAUCCCUGCCGAAAGGGAGUAUGACUUCUACGAUCCCUUGACUCGAUCCCCACGGGAAGGCUGUUUUAUAAUAGAACACAAGGGAGAUAAUUUUAUAAUGCACAGCAAUCCUAACAUGAUUGAAUCUCACUUUCCCAUGACACCAGAAUGGGACGUGUCUGGGGAGCUGGCCAAAAGAAGAACUGAAAUGCCUUUUCCUGAACCUUCCAGGGGAAGCUCCCACUCCAAGGUCCACCGGAGCCACAGCCAUACGCAGGAUAGACGAUCAAGGAAUGAGCGGUCCAGUAAGGCUAAAGAAAGGUCUAGAUCCAUGGAUAACUCCAAAGGACCUCUGGGUUCAGCUACUUUAGGCACACCUGAAGACAUAGGUGAAGGCUGUAGCCCAGAUGACCAAACGACUAGCCAAACUUACAUUGACGAUAGUACCUUACGGCCGUCUCAGUCACUCAGUCAUCAAAGGGCUCUGAUUUCAGCCGCAGGCUACAAAGAGACUUGCAUCCCUGAAAUAGCCAGUGGCAGUGUAGAAACCCCCAGUUCGUGUAGCCUGUUGGAACAAAACAAGCCUACGGAGAACUUGCCGUCGUACAGCGAGCUCAACUCCUGCACAACAAAAUCUGCAGUCGAUGACUAUUUCCAGUGCAACACGUCCAGCGAGACCGUGCUUACCGCUCCGUCACCGCUGGGAAAGAAUAAGGAGGAUCAUGACACGCUGACAGGGACAGACGGGCUCAAAAAAAUGGCUCCCUCAGAAAGACAGUCUCAGCAUGUUGUCAGGGAGCCCGGGGUGCACAAAGAGGAGUCCCCGAAGGGCCCGAGCAGUGGCUCAGCAGUAGCUGGCCAGACUCCAGAGGUGAUGGCGAACGGGCGGCUGGUCCAACACCACAGCGCUGAGUCAAGCAGCCUGGAUAAAAGGAAAGAAAUAUUUAGCAAGGAUACCCUCUUUAAACCUCUGCACAACACUCUUUCUGUGAAUAGUUACCAUAAGUCUAGCACACCCCUGCUCAAGCCCCACCAGAAGACCCCCUCUGACACGUUGCCGGUCCGAUGCGAGAAGCUGGAGCAAGCGAUAGUCAGCUCGGUCACGCAGGCCAUGCCUGGGUCACAGAGGCAGCAGGAGACGACUGGGAACCAGGAGGCCUCCUUCGACUACUACAACGUGUCCGACGACGACGACUCGGAGGAGGGGACCAACAAAAACGCUGAGGAAGAGAAGAACAGGGAUGACGUGGGCACCAUGCAGUGGCUCCUAGAGCGAGAAAAGGAGCGGGACCUGCAGCGGAAGUUUGAGAAGAAUCUCACUCUGCUCGCCCCGAAGGAAACGGAAAGCAGCAACAACCAGCGAGCCACCCACUCGGCCCGCCUGGACAGCAUGGACAGCAGCAGCAUUACUGUGGACAGCGGGUUCAACUCCCCACGUACUCGUGAGAGCCUGGCAUCCAACACUUCGAGUAUUGUUGAAAGCAACAGACGUCAGAACCCCGCUCUGAGUCCUGCACACGGUGGUGCAGGCCCAACCUUCAACUUCCGAGCCACCGCAGACCCGCCGACAAGCGAAGCUGAGAAACUGCAGAAACCAGCUAACUGCCUGCAAGCUUCUGUCACUAGUGUCUGAUAGUCAUCCUGCCUCAGAAUUUCUGUCUCAUCCUAUACAGUAAAGUUUACGACACUGGGACUGAUGUUUACAUCUUCGGGGAAAAAAAAAAAAAAAGCAUCUCAACCACAGUUUUAGUGUUUACUUAAACUGUGCUGCUAUGUAGACUAGGGGCAACAAAGAAAUCUUUAUUUCAAGGUAUUGCUUUUCACAUUUGCGGCUCUGUAGCAACAGAAUAGCAGUAGGGAUAAUAUGUACACUUUUUGCUUCACUUAAUUGUAACUGAGCACAUAUAUGAAAGUCUAGACACUGUAAGUGUAAUCUGCAUUUUCAAUGUCCAUGCAGUUGCCAACUUCAUUUAAAAUAAAAUGCCACAGAUGUGUGAUGCCCCCGGUCAGAAGCUAAACUCUGCUGCAGAGUUGUUCUACUUCAAAAAUUGAGCCACUGCUGAAAGUAACCAGCCAGGAUCACCAUGAGGAAAAAUGAUGCCAAACGUGACAAGUGGUGACCUCAGCUCUAUCUGUGAAUUAUUAGUACCAAUCAGUCAUUUUCACUGUGUGUUUUUGGGACACAAUUUUGCAAAAUACCUGUUUAAGUGAGUAAAAAGAGGUCUUUCUUUUAGAGUACGGAGGGUGGGUAGGGAGGCAGCUUCCCCUUUCGUGUUUCAAAAGUAUGAGAGAUGUUUAUGUACUGAAACUUGCUACUUGACCUUCCAGAGUCAGAAAUGAGGAGGUAGAGGGGGGAAUGGGGAGGGAAGGGAAAGUUAUAACUGUCACGGAGCCGCAACGUGGAGUGACACAAAAUAUAGGGAAUAUCUUCAGUAUAAAUCAAGUAUUUAAGAAAGAUAAUCUAAUUCUUGUGUCACUUCUGGUAUUGCAACUCGCCAUCAAUAUAGGAAUCAGAAUAACUAAUUUCUUUGAACAAAAAUAUUCUUUGUGAUAUAAAUGACAAGUAUGGCCUGAAGAAUUGAUUUCUUUCUAGUGGAAGGACAUAAAUCUAUUUUAUGUAGCUUAUUAAAUAGAGUGCCUAAAUUAGGCUAUUAAAAAUAGCAUACAUUGUAGUGAUUAUCAGAGAACAAAAUUUAGAGAAUUAUAAACUUCUGGCCUUUUUAUUCAGUGGAUGUUAUUUGCAAUUUAGCAUUUUAUGGACACGUCUAGUUUCUAGAAAUUAAAUGUGUCCAUUUGGUUGGCAGUAGAAAUCUGAAUUCUGUAGGUAUGGUAUAUCCUAAUUGCUCUCCCCUAAACUGUUGCUCCAAAGUAAUUAAUACUAUGCUAAUUACUGCAGAGUGACUUCUAAGAAUAGUUGAACUUAAAGAGUAAUUUUUAGGUAUAGGGUCACAUUCUACUCUGUUACUCAUGCAACCUGGUAGUGCAACAAACUGACUUCAAAAUUAAUUCUAUCUUUAUUUUUUAUCAGAACAGACAAAUUGGUGGAAGAAUAACAAAGAUAUUAAAAUAUUCAAUAGUCCAAACUGUUGAAUACAAAAGGGACAUUUACACUGUCUAGCUCUUGUAGUACACAGGUGUUAAACCCAACUGUACAUAUUUAAAACCAGUGUUUUCAUCAGGUUCUGGUGACAUGUAUUACUCUGUACACAGCGUCAUUUGAGCUUCACUCAUGUUCUAUAUUGUCAUCAGAAGUCUUCACUGAAGGUUCAGCCUUAUGUUACGCAGUUGGAUAAAGUUCAUUUACUUAUAAAAAUGGCUUUCUAACUCUGGACACAAUCAGUUUCUAAUUCCGUCAAGGACAUCUAUAGUACCCAGUAAAUGCACAGGUCUGUUUUCCUUGGUUUCAAUGUAUAAAUUCCAUUUCAUGGGAGCAAUAAGACCUUUCAGUGCACAUAAAGGAAAUUAUUGUGCUUUUGGUUGGUUAUCAAAGUCACUUGGCCUUUAGCCUUCUGCCUUAUCAUACCUUCCAAGAUGUGCUCUAAUUACCAUAUAAUGCUUUGCAUGACGCAUCUUAUUACUCAGUAUGUAACUCCAGCCGUACUUAUUCCAUGCGAACUGUAGAGUCAGAGUUUUUGUGGGGAAUUGUCAUAUACUAUGCAGUGGCUGACUGUGAUUUUGUUUUCUGAGACAGCUCUGACAUCAGUAGUAUGUAUCGAUUCAGUAAAUAAAAAUGUCUAAACUUAAAAUAUAUAUAUAUAUAUAUAUAGCUGAUGAUCUGAAGUACUAAUGGCAGUAUUAAAAUGUGAACAGCAAAAACAAAUUUCACCUUUUGGAGAAAUGUUUGUUUGUCAUAAGCUAAUCAGAACUUAUGCAGGCAGCUGGUUGUACAGAAGACAUAAUUCCAACAAAAUAUGACAAUACAUACCUACAAACUGUUUAGUAUGUAAUUUCCUAAAGUUCCCAGAGACCAGCAGACAACAUAAAUGUCAUAUUAAUGUUGACAUGGCAUUGUACCAAUAUUAAUGUGACUCUUGGAAUAUGGAAUGUAAACAGAAGUUUCAAAUAGAAACGUUCUAAUCUUGAAUUCUUUUUUUUUUUUUUUCUUUUAAAAUCAACAAUGGAAUAUAAGGAAAUUCCAUCUUGAGGUUCUGGUAACAAAACCACGAGAGUGGAGCUUGAGUGCUUUAUGUCACCCUAAUCCUUUGAUGAAAUCAUAGCCUUGUAUUACAUGGUUGCUUAUCUGUCAUUCUUCUUCUAAUGUAUCAAUUUAAAGGUUUACAGAGUUAGAUUAGGUUGAAUCUGUGUUGUGUUCAACUGUAAAGGGUCAACACAAAUCUGUCGGCAUUUUGCACACUUAAUAUGUAUUAUUAUAAUACAACAUGUUACUUUUAUGGUAAUUUUUUUUACACAUAUAACUACCUCCAUGAAUUUGAUGAAAUGCAGCAACAUAAAAAGUGUAUUGUACAAAGCAAGGUUAAAAACUUUGAAGCAUUA